GUCUUCUCGUACUAUCUACCAAGUUCAUCCAAGUUUCUUUAUAGCUAUUUACCCAGGUCCGCUGACGGCUGAAAGUGGCAAUUGCUCACGAAAGACUGUCGUUCCGUCAUAACCCAUUUGGAGAGGUGCAAAUAGCCUUCAAAGAUUGGAUGGACAUUAUCAUCAGGUGGCCUAUUGUACCGCAAGUAGUUUUAAUCUGAACAUUUUUGGUCAAGAAUUCAUCCCACUAACAAAACAUGCACAAGUGUUCCUCAUUCCACGACACAACACUCCGAAGUGGCAACCUUAGAGGGAAGGGUUCCAUCCAUGACACCGUCUCGAAUCUCGGAUGACUUCCUCUUCACCUCCUCGAGCAAUGUCUCUGUAUCACAUCCCUCCUUGAAUUCAAUCAAUCCCUCUUCAGCCAGCUUGCCCAGUACCUCGCAGAUCCACACGAUACAGUUAAAUGUUGGGUCGUAUGGUCGUACCUCGACCUCCUCUACAAGUUUCUCCAGGCCCUCUUUCAAACGAUAUUCAGGUAAGGGUGUCAGUUUAAGGAGGAUGAUGAGGCCCAUGGAGGUUGGCAGGCCGUGCGUGAUGCCGAUCUCCUUGAGCCAGCCGAAGCCAAUGUUGCGUGCGUGGUACUCUUUGCCACCUUUUCCAGAACGGUGCCAAUAGAGGCCAUGAUGAUCCGGUGGGUUAGGAUUGCCGCGGAUGAAGAGGUACAGUGUAGCGUCUUCCAGGAUCUUGGUAUCCUCACUCAAUGUACACUGUGUUGGUUGGAAGAGAAGGGUGGUUGGACGGAUAGGGCAAGAGAAAGGCAACUGAUCCCUGCUUUGCCAUCAAAUUAGAUCUUCAUCGACCCUUGAUCUCUACUGGCAAUGACUCGAGCUCUAUGCAGCUAUAAAGGAGCCAGCAUUUCCUGACGAUUCCAGUUCUCCUUGAGCUGUCUUCCUUCGAUGGCUCCUAUCGACACCGUUAGCCCACCUGCGCUGAAUUCUGGAACGCUUUACAUAUGCGUCCGCGCCAAUCCUAGUCUCCCUGAUCAUUGGGGCCUUUACUACCACGAGACACAAAAUAGUGGUCGGAAGAUGCAUAUCACCAAUCUUGGUCGUGGGUGGAUCUAUGAUGCUGCGACAAGUAGUGGCGUUGGACGCUCCAUGGCCAUGGUGCUCUUCCUUACGAUUGGCAAAAUAACGCCUUCGCAUUCUUCUACGCUCUUCGAGGUGAUUGACGCCACACCGUUGAACACCGGCAAACCAGAUUUCAAUUGCAUCAGCUGGACUUUAGAUGCAAUAGAUCGACUAAUCUGUGCGAAGCGAGUGGCACUCAAGCCUGGCUUUACCCUCGACCAUCUGGUCAAAGAAAUUGAUGAUGUGACUCUGAAUAUUAGAGAGGAUGUGGAAAAAGGACUGCGCUAUGGGAUCUCUGGGAGCUCUGACAUUUUCGCAAUGUAGCGCGGAGCAUUACACGCUCAUGCUAUCAAUACUUCCACUCCCCGACUGACUCAUUUCCACACUCGUCGAUUCAACUCCGUAUUCAUCGCUGCAGAACGUCCUGCACUGUUUGAUAAUUGUAGCCUAGUCUAAACCAACAAAUGCCUUGAACAUACUUGAGACGACGUUUACAAAGAUAGUGGCCACAGUAGUAGAUCCACCUCAUAUUCC